AUGGAGCGUGUGUUUCCAAAAUGGCGGCAGCGAUGGAUGUGGAUACCCCGAGCUGCACGAACAGUGGCGCGGGCAAGAAGCGCUUUGAAGUGAAAAAGUGGAAUGCGGUAGCCCUCUGGGCCUGGGAUAUUGUGAUUGGUAACUGUGCCAUCUGCCGGAACCAUAUUAUGGAUCUUUGCAUAGAGUGUCAAGCCAACCAGGCGUCUGCUACUUCUGAAGAGUGCACCUUUGCGUGGGGAGUCUGUAACCAUGCUUUUCACUUCCACUGCAUCUCCCGCUGGGUCAAAUCACAGCAGGUGUGUCCGUUGGACAACAGAGAGUGGGAAUUCCAAAAGUAUGGGCACUAGAAAAAGAAUUCUUCCAUCAAGCUCA